AUCACGACAAGACGUGAAAUAAUCACGUUGGUCCACUUUGGAAAACGUGUAGAUGUCACAGUUUAACAACCUCAGACGUGAAUCUUACACGUUUGCGUUAACACGUUCCCGUGGAGAAAUACCCGGAUGUUCACUUAUUUUACUCGCCAUUGCUGUAAGCUCUGCCAUAACGAUCUAUUUUAGUUUUCAUUAAAUCGAGAAAAAUGGCAUUCUGUUGUAUUGAAGACCACUGAGAAAUUUUCUAUUUAAUUAUUUAAUAUGUAUAAACAAUAUUUUCAAGGUGAAAAGCAUUCAUUUGCCUUGUUCCAUGCCGAAAAAACGUCUCAAUGUCACAUUUUUAUUGAAGUAAUGAGUAAAACGUCUAUUUUUCUUGCUUCCCCCAGCUCCUCGUUUAGGUGAAAGCUAAACAAUGUGUUAUAUCGACGUUAAACCAUGUUAACCAUAACCAGCAAAAUAUAUUUUUUGCUGUGUAUGGUAGAAUACAUUAAUAGUGGAUACCCUUGCCAAACGUGAGAACUACACGACAGAAAAAAAAAUACCCGAACGCAUCACGUGACGUGACGUCACCGUAAUUUGCUAAAGUUUAAUUUAAAGAAAACAAAACACUGAAAUAACGUGAAAUUUGCAUGUUUUUUUUCAGCUGUGGAAAUUCGGGGAAAAUAUCCGUUAAUGCACGUUAAUGAUCCGCUUGCAACUAACGUUAGACAUUCUCCUUACAAGUAGGAGUCGGUAAUGCGCAAAAUCGAUGCGAGAUUGCGUAUCGCCAAAUAAAGGCAGAACAAGAGGACUUCCUCCUCUUCGGACUUCAUUAAGCAGGUAAGAGAGGCGUAUUAAUAUAAGAGGCGUUGACAACAAUAUAUACUAAAAUGUAAUUAUAUAAGGUCUAUUGUCAUUUGCGAUAUUAAUAUAUUAAAUAACUUAUUUAAUAUUUUUAUGGUGUUCUUUGGUCACUCAGUAAAUGUCUUAAUUUUCCAAUAGACUUUUAACGUCAGCAAUUUAGUUGUCUUUAGUUGCAAUUAAGAUGGCUGAGCAGGACAUUGGUGCAGCAGAGGAUGCUAUGUUCCAUGCAGACCUGCUUUUGGCUCAAAUGAAAGUGAGUAUCUUUAGUUAUACAGCUCAAUUUGCAAAUGAAUGGGAUUCAUACAGUGAGUAAAAAUGGGAGAAAACCCACUGCUGAUGUGUUUACAUGUAAUGUUGAUUUUCUCUGGUGCAAGGAAAAACAAGAUGAGAAAAGUGCACCCCAUAACCGGGAGAGUAAAUUUCAGUGGAUUGAGAGAGACUGUGAAGGUCGUCCACUGCUGAAAAGAAAGAGCAGAAGCGGAAAAACGCGUAUGCGUUCUUCAGCUACAGGAUGCCUAUGCCCCCUUGCAAGUAAUGUUUCCAAACAAAUUUAGUCUGACCAUUGCAUCAAGGAGUGAUGCAGUAACAUUACAUCCUGAAUCCUUGUGACCCAGCUGAGGAGGUAUCCAUGGUGACAGAACAAAACAUGUCUCAACACUUACUUGACAGUGAGAUGCAGAAACUGCAGGAGAUUCUGGCAACAACUGUUGAAGCUUCAGAUGGUCCUCCUUCAACAUCAUCAUCAUGGAGCUUGCGACAGUCUGCAGCCCAAGAUGAGUGGCAGAAAGCAAGGCCCUACCACCUGGACUGCUUGUUGUUCUCCAGGGUGGUCAAGGAAAAUAAAUGCAGUCAGUGCUCAUCUCCUGCCAUUAUUCGUUGCAGAGACUGCAUGCCUGAAGAGUGGCUGUGUAUGGAGUGUGAUAUAAUUUGCCACAAAAAACUGGUACUCCAUAACAGGGAGUCGUGCAUUGAUGGAUUUUACCGGCCCAUUCCGCCAACGGUGUGCUGUGUGAAAGAAAAUGGCAGAUGUACAUUAAAAAAUCAAGUUCGGCUGUUGCCUACAGUGAGACCUGACCGACUGUGCACCUGUGACCCAACAAACAUCACAGAAUCUGCUGGAAGAGUAACUAUUUUGGUUUGCAUAAAUGGUCGUUAUGACUUGUACUUGCCCAAUUUGGCGUGCAGAGUGUGUCUAUCACAAUGGACACCUGACAGAAGCGACCUCAUAAGAAGUGGGUAUUGGCCAGCAUCUGUAAAUUCUGAAACAUUGUUUUCAGUGGAUGUAUUCAGCACAUUUGAGGAGAUGAAAACCGUUGCUCCGGGUUUGUCAAGACAAGGCUUUUUGCGGUUGUUAGAGCAGAGGACAGAGCAGUUUGGAAGGAGCGGUAAAAUACAUGGAGAUGCAUUUCAAAGGAGCUUUGUGGAAUACACUUUCUGCCAGUUUUUAUGUGAGAAAAUGGCAAAUGUGGAGCACUUCACCUGCCCAGCAUGUACACCCAACAUGCUUGCGGUUUCUGCAGACGGCAACAGAAAACUGUACAGGUUUCAACACUCUAAAGGGUCAGAGGAACCAUACUUUGAGGGCAUCUUCAUUGCCAAAGAUGUGGACGUAUCCUCUUUCGUUGAAGAAAUCAGGAGUAAAGCGAAAAGUACUCCAGGAAAAGGCACUUGUGGUGCUACUCAGUGGUCUGCUGCCAGGGAGACUGCCAGAAGAGCUAGCAAACUUGAUGAAGAGGGUCUUGAGGUAGCUGUUUGCAGGCAUGGGGUGAUAUUAAAGGGUCUCAACAUGUACAGGGGGGAGAUCUUUGCGUAUCCCCUAUUCCUGCAGAAGGAGCUUCAGGCAGCCACAAACAUACAUUUCUACUGCACUGACAUCUCAUGCAAGUACUGGCCCUAUCUUCAGAAGAUGUCAGUCUCUAUGCCUGAACUGAGCCCUCUUCUUCAAAUGAGACCAUUUCUGUCAGUCAUGCACGCCAAGGCCCAGUCAACUAAGUGUGAGAUUGUCUGGAGUGGUAGGAAUCAGGAGGGUGCUGGCGCAACUGCAGGGGAAGAGGUGGAAAUGGUGAACAGUUUCCUCUCUCGUUGUGCUCUCACAACGAAGUACAUGACCAAAUCUGCUCGCAAUGACAUGCUGACUGUACAUGCAAUUGGGUGGAAUAGACGCAAGCAUGAUGGCCUUCAUCUUGCAUUGUCCAACAGAUAUGUCAAGACCGUCCGAAAGGCUGAGGCUGAGUCCCAGAGGCUGGAGAACUUGAGCCGUGAACUUGGGUGUCCUGAGAACAUGGUCCAGCAGUGGGUACAUGACGUCAGACAGUGGGCCACUGAUGAUUCUAUAGAUGUCAGACAGGAUGACCAACAUAUCCUUCAGCGGUCGAUAGAGCACAUAUGUAUGGGUGUCUAUCAAAAAAAAGCAAGCCUUUAUAAUCAGACAGACAGCAACAAGAUUCGACAAAUGCGGCGACGGAAACUGGGGGAAGAGAAAAGGAAACUCUUUGAAGCAAUCAAACGAUACAAUGAGCAGGUGCCAGAGAAGGAGGGCAUAAAUGAGCAGAUGGUGGAGAGCCGACUCUCUAUGGUGGGCCAUGGCAGUGGGGAGGACAGUCUAAUAUGGCCAUGGGAGGUUCACAGCACUGAAUCCACAAACAUCCUCACUAAGAAGAAGAUUUUCGAUGCAUACAUGUCAAAGAUGCGGCUGCAAGAAGAGAAGAUCCUAAUUCUUAGGGAGAUGAGACAGCACUGCACCUACCUCAGAGGGCUGGCUGAUGGCAUUAGGAAGCUGAUUGCAGAAAUGUCUGGAGGAAACCGUGGCAGUUUAACUGACGAGGGGCAUUGUGGGCUACAGUGUCUUCUACAGGAAAGGCUUGCUGAUGUGGAGGAGAAGAUUAAAGUCGUUUCCUCAAGAUACAGCUUGGCUUUAGGACCUCUAUUCCCUGAAGACUGGUCUGAGGAGAUACCAGAGAUACCGGAUGAGAAUAAAGGACUUGAACACGAGAGCUCAGAGUACAGUGAUUUGGAAGAUGUCUAACUAAUUUGUGAAUUGACAUGUGUUUUUGCAUUUGCUUGCCGGUUUUUUUUGUUGUUUUUGUUUGGAGGGUGUGGUUUUGGACAUACCCUUUUUCAAUAGAUAGUCUCCCUUAUUUAAUUUACAUAAAUACCAUUGCCUUUAUUGUGAUGAAUAAACUAGCAAAAUUAUUUCUGUGUCAGAUGAAGAGUCCCCACCCACCAGCCCUGUAACUGAUCAAAUGAAUGUACUUGGUACUAACUCUAUAAAUAAAAGCUGACGUAUAGU